AUGAGUAGAGUGGAAGAGUUGCAAGUGCAGCGAGAACUCAAGGAGAUUAUCCUCGAGUACAUUGGCAUUUUAUACAAUGCAAAACACCCAGACCAUCACGGCUUCGCGCUGCUCAUUUGUCGGCGCAGAGCUGACAGCCAGGGCCCUGUGGUUGCAUCAGCUCGGCGUCACCGUGCCUCACAGCAAGAGUGCAUUAUUAUACGAGCAAUUGUCUACACGGAAGCUACACACGAGAAGUGGAGGUUGGUGGCCGAGAGCAGUAAGCCGCACUUUGCCAUUACUCCUGCACUACAAGAAUUUUCAAAAGAACUGGAGCCGCAGAUGGAAAGCUUGGCAGCAAUGGUCAGUUCAGUCUAG